CAGCCGGGUAUCGUAUUCCUCACAGCGCGCCUAGUCUACCAGUAAGACCCCAAACAAGAAAGAAUCCCUGAUGGCAGCCGCUAAGCACGUGGCCUGACGGUGCGGGGCAGUGGGAAGUGCUAAAUGCAGUUGGUGAUCAUACGAUGACCCGACUGACAUUAUUUCCGCAGUGAUGCCGACAUACCUUCGGGACCGGGAACUUUGGGACGACAAAGUAACGCCACGAGAGGAGAAAAGCACAGUACGUCGUCACUUACCGGGCUUCCGUUCGCCCAGCCUUCAACUACAUAAGUGCGACUCCCCAUCUUCAAGCUUCCGCUUCAUGUUCCCACCCAUCCCUUUGAUUACCAGAAGCAUAAAUCGUUUCUAAUAACACUCGACGGCAAUACUUACACCUACCACCAUGAGAGCCGCAAGAUAUUACGGCAAGGAGGAUAUCAGGAUCGAGCAGGUUCCAGAGCCACCAUGUGGCCCUAAUCAGGUCAAGAUUGCCCCGGCAUUCGUCGGUAUCUGCGGGACUGAUCUCCACGAAUACCUCGGCGGCCCGAACUUCUGCCCCUCCUCUAGACAUCCGGUCACAGGCGACCAGAUCCCCGUGACGCUUGGCCAUGAAUUCUCCGGCAUCAUCAAGGAGAUAGGCUCAGAUGUCAAGCAGGAGCAUCUCAAAAUCGGUCUCCCUUGCGCCGUGCAGCCCACCAUUUACUGCGGCAAGUGUGCUGCCUGCAAAGCCGGUGCUGAGAAUGCGUGCCACACCGGCGGCUUCAUCGGACUGAGCGGCUGGGGUGGCGGCCUGAGCGAGGCGGUGUCGGUCCCCGCGGAUCAGGUCUUCCCUUUGCCCGAGGGCAUUCCUCUCGAGCUGGGCGCCUUGGUGGAGCCGCUUUCGGUAGCUUGGCAUGCCGUCUCUGCCACUACCGUCACGUCAGAGUCCAACGUUUUGGUGAUGGGAGGCGGUCCGAUCGGGCUGGCCGCUGUGCUGUGUUUGAAGGCGAAGGGGGUUUCGAAUAUCAUGGUAGCGGAGAUUGCCACCGCCAGGCAAAAGUUCGCAAAGGAGUUUGGAGCAGCACACAUCAUUGAUCCCAAAAGCCAAGAUGUUAUGGAAGAGGUGAUGAAGAUUACUGGUGGCAUUGGCGCUGAUGUCACACUUGACUGCGCAGGUGUACCGGCUAGUGUGAAAGCUGCGUGCAUGGCCGUCAAGACACGCGGCACGGUCAUCAAUGUUGCGAUCUGGGAGAAGGAAAUUCCCUUCAACCCGAAUUGGGUAACGUGGAGAGAAAGCUCGUAUAAGUCUGUACUUGGAUAUCAGAAGAAAGAUUAUCAGGCCGUGAUUGAGAACUUGAGAACAGGAGCCCUCAAGCCUGCCUCCAUGAUCACGAGGAAGAUUUCUUUGGACGAUCUUGUAGAGCAUGGUAUCAAGGCGUUGAUUACGGAUAAGGAUAACCAAGUCAAGGUUUUGGUUGAUGUUGGCGCUUCUCUGUGAGAGAUGAUAACACAGCGUUGUGAGCUGAGGCUGUAAGGGGAGCCAUUAGACGGUAUGCCGUGACAUGGGAAAGGCUUCGAAGGAGCGAAGUUCGAAAAUGUAUCUUUGCUAUGCUUGUACUACGUAUUUGUAUCGUAUGAAUCGAUGGAACCAAAUCCAUCUUAUGGGUCCUACUUGAGUCUCUAUUUCUUGCAGAAGCAGC